AUGUCACAAACCUUUGAAGAAGAUUUAGCAUUCUCGAAGACUUUACAUAAGCAUGAAGCUGAACGUGGUGGUUUGCUCGCGAAAAUUACUUCAAAGGACAAAGAAGCCUUUGAAAAUGUUGUUAAUAAUUAUAUGAGAUACUGGGUCGGUAAGGACCCCAUGUCGGAAAGUGAAGAAGAAAAAGAAGCCAGACGCUCUAAUUAUACUAAUAUGACCAAUUCUUAUUACAACAUUGCCACUGAUUUUUAUGAGUAUGGUUGGGGUGAAAGCUUUCAUUUCUGCCGAUUUUAUCCCCGAGAAAACUUUUAUCAGGCCAUUGCGCGUCAUGAGCAUUAUUUGGCCAUGCAAUUAAAUAUUAAGCCAGGAAUGAAAGUUUUGGAUGUUGGUUGUGGUGUUGGUGGACCUGCGCGUGAAAUUUGUCAAUUCACCGGAGCCCAUAUUACUGGUUUAAAUAAUAAUGAUUAUCAAAUUUGUCGUGCAAUGAGAUCAGCAGUUAAUAUAGGGUUAGAAAAUAAAACGAAUUUUAUCAAGGGUGAUUUCAUGAAAAUGCCAUUCGAAGAUAAUUCUUUUGAUGCAGUAUAUGCCAUUGAAGCAACAUGUCAUGCUCCAAAGUUGGAAGGAGUUUAUGGUCAAGUAUUUCGCGUUUUAAAACCCGGAGGUACCUUUGCUUUUUAUGAAUGGUGUGUGACUGAUAAGUAUGAUCCAACUAAUGCUGAUCAUAGAAGAAUUGUUCGUGGAAUUGAGUACGCUGAUGGAAUUCCCGAAUUGUUUAAAACUUCAGAGGCAUUACAAGCUUUGAAAAAUGCUGGAUUUGAAGUUAUUUCUGCUGAAGAUUUAGCUGUGAAUGAUGAUCAAAUUACUUGGUAUUAUCCAUUAGAAGGAGAUAUGGGAAAGGCUCAAUGUAUUUGGGAUUUCUUUACCGUUUUCCGAAUGACACAUCUUGGCAAAUUUUGUACUAGGGCCUUGGUGGGAGGAUUAGAAACAUUUGGUAUAGCACCAACAGGUUCUUUACAAACGCAACGGGUUCUUGAAACUGCCGGUGAUUGUUUAGUUGAAGGCGGUAGAUUAGGAAUUUUCACCCCAAUGUAUUUAAUGGUUGGUAAAAAACCCAUGAGUGUCAAUUAA